GCGUCCAAGCUGUUGCUAAGAGAUCUAGCACACUGCAGCAACAACUUCUUUUAACAUGACUGCUUCUGUCUUUAAAAGCUACCGUGGAUUUAAUUCGACCAAAUGUUUUCCAGCACGGACGUUAAUUUGUCGAAAGGAAGAAGGUGCUUCUCACUGGCUGGUGGCUUACAGAAAGGCAGAGGAGCGCAAAAACGUGACUUUGGCUCGAAAACUAAAGAAAAGUAAUACUAAAGAAAAGAGCUGCGAUAGAUGUUAUACAUUAGACAGAGAUUUCCUGCUGCAGCUUCAUGGUGUUGAUGAGCCAUCAGAACUGUGCACUGUCAAUGUCAGUGAGCUGGAGCUGAACGCUGUCAAGCCAGAAGACCUCAAGGCGUUUGGCAAUGUAGCUUUCGUUGAUGCAUCCAUGAACUCCCUCUCUUUAGGCUCUUUCGGCAGUUUUGUUUCUUUAAGAGAACUCAAUCUGGCUGUAAACGGCCUUUGCAACGUCACAUUCGAUGCGGCAGACUUCCCUCAUCUUCAGGUGUUGGAUUUGUCCUAUAACUGUUUGUCAGCUGAUGAUGUCGCCUCAUUCGGCAGACUUCCACGUCUAAAAGUUCUUCAUCUGACUGGAAAUGAGCUAUGUCGUCUUCCUCCUCAUCUUGGAGCACAGCUGCCUGACCCCCGCUGUCCUUUGCGCUGUGGCGAUCCGUUUAACGCUUUGGAGGUCCUGAUGCUUGAUGAUAACAAAUUGUCCUCUGAGGUCUUCAGGAGCCUCUCAAACCUCAAGAGACUGAAGCACUUAAACCUCCAAGGGAACCGCAUCACACAAAUACCGUAUUUGAAACUGAUGAUGGGCUGCAUCAAACCUUUGCAGACUUCCAGCGAAGAAGAAAGACAUGACCGUGCUGAGCAGAAGAAUUUCAGCACCAUGUCACAGGAGAGUGACGUCCUCAGAGGGUUGCUGUCACCUCUACCAGAACUUCAGUUCCUUGACUUAUCUCACAACAAGAUUGCCGAAGAGGAGGUGCUGCUGCCUGCGGCUGUUUUUCCAAAGCUUCGAGAAAUUGAUAUUCGCUCCAACCCUAUAGCCACAAAGAAAUGCGGAGACCCCCCCUUGCUGACAUAUUACCUCCAGGAGAAAAUGGGAAUAACAGUAACACGUAAAGAUGUCUCCAGAGCUGCCAAGCAUGGCCUCAGGAUGUCUGCUUCUCCAUACUGGAAGUCCUUGCAGGUGGAGGAGGUGUUAACCAAGACUGUGUUGAUGCAUAAGCGUCGUCCUGCUUUAAUCCAGUUUGAGGAAGGUGAGGUGACAGUGGGGUCAAAGGGUAACCUGGACACAGAUGGACACUUCUUUCAUACACAGGCAAACAACAUCUCUGAAGAUGACCAGACUUCCAUGAGACACAAACACAAAGCCACGCCUGAGAGAUUUUCUCUCAGCAAAAAGAAGAUGGACGCAAAAUCAAAUCCUGAUGUGGUGUGGCCUGUUGGAAUUCAAACAGCUGUUCAAAUGCUGGAGCACACACUGAAGAAUCUUAAUAUUUACAGAGACUCCAAACCAAAACUUGAUCGCAUCCAGACGUCGUACAGACAAAGACUCGAACAGGGAACUGCCAGCUAUCAGACCAAGACCUAGUGAACUGCUUGAUGAGAUAAUCAAAGACCUAAGGUAGUGUAACUCUGGCACUAAUUUGAAGAAGCGAGAACACAAGGAGGAACUUGGAGACACAACACAAGCUCCUGCAUAGCAAAGCAAUGGAACAAGGAGUUAACAGUGAAAAGACAAAGUGUGUGUAGCGGCCAGGAACAAAAGUUUGGUUGGAUUUCAUGUUCAAACAUGAUUUUUUUCACUGGACUGAAAAAAAUUAAACAAAAUACUUACAGUACAUUAUGAAUUUUAGUCAAAAAUACUAGACUGUUAUUAUUAUUACUUAAUAUUAGUAGUAGUAAUAGUAUUCAUUGUUUCUGAAAUUAUUAUAAUAAUAAUUAUUAUUAUAAGAGAGGACUUUAUUGAUCCCUAACAAGAACAAUUCUGUAUUCAUUCAAAUUCAUUCAAAUACCCAGCUAAAAAAUAUACAUACAGUACAUUUGUGCUGGAAAAGUAUAUUGUACUUUGAGUAUGUGCUGAUUAUAUUGUGCACACAUAUAGUAUAGUCAUACUAUUAGUGUAGUAGUCUGGCGCAGGGGUGUCCAAAGUGCUGCCUAGCGGCCAUUUAUGGCCCACAGGUGUAUUUUUAUUGGCACAGUCUAAAAAUAUGAUUAAACAAGAAAAUGAAAUUUUACAUUCUACAAGACUAAAGAUGAAACAUUAAGGGAGUUAAGUCAUAAUAUUAAGAGAAAAAAUAGCAUGAAAUUAAAAAAUAAAUGACUAUAAUGUUUUUUUUUAAGUCAUAACAUGAGAAACAAAGAAAAUAAUUGCAGUUUUUGGAAAAUUUGGGUGAGUAAAAAUUGGAACGUUACGAUAAUAAAGUCAAAAUAUUAUGAGAAUAAUGACAUGAUAGGUCAAGAAAAAAUGUACAAGAAGAAAGUAUGUGUUUGUAAAAAUUUGUAUUUUUUUUUUUUUUGAAAAAGGAAAAAUGGGGAAAAAGUGGGAAAAAAAUGAAAAUAAAAUGAAAAAAGUUCAUACUCAUAAAUAUACAAACAUUUGAGAUGCAGGCUGUACAUCUUUUUUAAGUACGAAAAACUAGACGUUUUUACGUUUGUACGCAUAAAUGUAAAAGUAGCCCCCGCAUCAUUUGAUUUUUCAGCAUGUGGCCCUCAGUGGAAAAAACUUGGACACCCCUGGCCUAGAGGUAUUAUUAAAUACUGUAUCUAUUUAUUUAAAAUGUUCUAAUUUACUUCAUGAGUAUGU